AAUAUAUAAUCAAAUAUCCUAAUAAUAAUUUUAUGUACGAGAUAUAGGUCACCGGUAAGGAAUGCAGCGACUUUCCAUAUACGGACGGACGGAUGAUGCACUGUGACUGAACUUUGGACUUGAUAGUGUUAAUUGUAAUCGCGAUUAUAUUUUAAAGUCUAUUUUUAUUUAUUUUUUAAUGUGUUAUGUUCUUUAUGUGCACAGGUACAAGAAUAUUUUACUCUACGUUAUGGUGGUAAGUGACUAAUGGAAACUAUUAUAUCAUUGUAUGAGGAAUUAAAGAAAAUUAGAGUAUAUUUAAUUAAAUUAGGAGCCAGUCGAAGAACGGAAAAAGUGUUAGUAAACAAAUUAAAUGAGAUUAAUGCAAUCUAUGAGAAAUAUGAGACGUGGCUGAUAGGUUUUGAAGAAAAACUUAAGAGAAAAUAUUAUAGUUCGGAUGAUAUUAUAUUAAUCAAAAAUUAUUGUAGUCGAUUUUUAGAGUUACAUGAAAAUAUUUUAGUGUUGUGUAAUAGUGAUAAGCCGAAGUCAUCGUUCAACAUGAAUUCUUUUGAUUUAAAAACGGCGUUAAAUCUUUUACCUAUUAUGACAAAUGAGGAGUCGAAUACAAAACAGUUGAUUGAUAACAUUGAAUAUUAUAAUACUUUAUUGAAAGAAGAUACAUGUAAACAAAAUUUAAUUAAUUUCGUAUUAAAAAGUAGGCUUUCUCCUGAAGCUAAGUUAAAAUUAAAAUCAAAAUAUGAAUCAGUUAAUGAGUUAAUUAUUGAUAUGAGAAAUGUAUUAUUGUGUAAGAAAGCUGCAACGGCAAUACAAAAUAAAUUACAAAAAAUUAGACAAAAUGACUUGUCAAUUGCUGACUAUGGUAAAGAAAUAACGGAACUAUUUGUUGAUUUAACGAUAACGCAAGCUGACGGGAAUGAUCAAUGCUAUAAAAUAUUAAAACCUAUUAAUGAAAAAAUGGCUGUUAAGCAAUUUGCUGACGGCUUGCGUAAUCGUCGACUUAGUACGAUUAUUUCUGCCAGGAAUUAUAGUUCACUUAAAGAUGCUGUACAGGCAGCCCAAGAUGAAGAAGUAUCAAUUCCUUCAACAUCUGGAGAAAUCAUGGGUAUGUACAAGAAACCAUACCAUAAUAAAUAUUUCAACAAUGGUUCAAAUUAUUAUAGAAGCUGGCGUGGAGGACGUUGCCGCUAUCCUGUACAUAGAGGAAGAGCUCGAGGACAGCAAGCAGCUCAUCUAGCUUCUCGAGGACAAGGGUCACGAGGUCAGUACACGCGAGGAAGUAGCGGAGGUCCACAGCAGAGAGCCCACCAUCACGAGUCCAUAGGAGCUCUGGAAGUCACUCACAAACAUUUGAAUGCGUUUCUACGUAUUCAAACAGAGAAUCACCCGGAGAUGUGGAGUAAGUGGAUUCCUUUUUGGUGUUUCUCUUACAAUACAGGAGUUCAUACUGAAACAGAUUUCACCCCGUACGAGUUGAGCAACACGUAG